CCAAUCCUCUUUUCGCCGAUCUGCAAAUGUCAACCACCGAGUCCGGCCCUUGAGACACAAUACUCGCCAACCCUAAUGUGGACGACAUCUACAUGAGUGGCCAUGCCUCGAUCCCCGGACAGCAACGCGCUGGCCCUUAAGCGCAAGCUACAGCAGGCCGACUCGCACUCCGAGCCCACGUCCAAACGCCACCACCUUCAGGGCUACGAUCCAAAGGCACCAUGGCUACACGAGACGAAGCCCAUCAAUGGAUGGCGUACGCUGGGCAACCCAGCGGUCUACAACUCGCUACCGCUGGCGAACAUGGUCUCCGCCGUUCAGGACUUGAUCGACCCGGAUUUUGAUCCGCUGACGGCGAUAUUGGAAGACGAGCCGCGUUUCUUGAAACCGCUGCCGGAUCGUAUUGCGCCUGAGGAUUUGGAGUUCUUGCGCUUUCGGGGGGCGCUGUCGAUUCCUGAGACUGGGUUGCGGAAUGAGUUGUUAAGGUCUUAUAUUCAAUGGGUGCAUAGUUUUAUGCCGGUACUGAAUUUGCAGGAGUUUUUGAGAUGUGUUGCGGAGAAUGACCCCGAGGGGAAUGUUAGUGUGCUGCUUUUUCAAGCGGUUAUGUUUGUGGGCACGGCUUUUAUCGAUAUCAAACACUUGCAGGAUGCGGGAUACUCGACUAGGAAGAGUGCGCGCAGUGCCUUUUACACCCGGUUACGGUUACUCUACUCGCUUGACUGUGAAGAAGAUCGCAUCGUCAUUCUGCAAACACUCCUCUUGAUGACCUACUGGUCCGACCCCGAGAACAGCCUGCACCAAGAUAUCUGGGACUGGAUUGGUGUCUGUAACACCCAAGCGCAUUCGAUCGGACUGAAUAAGGACCCUUCGGCCAGCGACAUGGACCCGAAGAUUCGUCGACUGCGUAUGCGCAUCUGGUGGUGUAUAUACUCACGCGACCGACUGAUCGCUAUGGGUAUGCGGCGCCCAUUGCAGGUCAAUGAGGGCACCAGCAACAUCCCAAUGCUCAAAAUGGAGGAUUUCGAUUUUGAGCCUUACUCGCCAUCCGUGGUGGCUCUGUUCCAUUGUCGACAACUUGAAGAUGUAUCACAUCAGAAACGUCUGGCGACCAUGUUCAUUGAGAAAGUGAAGCUCUGCCAGUGUAUUGGCAGGGUGCUCUUUGCGCAGUAUGCACCAUCGCAGCGUCAAUUCGGAGCUACAGACCGCACUACCGUCACUUUGAUUCCACGACAGGCUUCGGAAUCAGAGUUCACGCGGUGCAGCCAGAAGCUUGACUCUUGGUUGAGCGCACUGCCAAAGGACGCCCAGUUCAUACCGGCAUCGCGAAACAACUUCCGCGAUGGCGAAGACGUGUUACUUCUACAUGGAGCGAUGUUGCGCAUGCUCUACCACGCCACCACCAGUGCUCUACAUCGACCAUGGGCUACGUACUCAAAAGACCAGUCCAAGUCUCGUCUUGAAUGGCGAAACAUAGCCCGAACCAAGAUGCAAGAUGCCGCCACGGGAAUCACCCAUAUCAUUCAGGGCCUCAAUCAGCUCAACCUAACCCGUUUCCUACCGCAAUCAGGCGUGACAGUCAUACUCCCAGCUGCAGUAGCCCAUCUAUCAAACUCCACAUCCGACAACCCAGCCGUCCGCGAAAGCAGCAUCUCCAAUUUCCACCGCUGCGUACAGGUCCUCCACUGCCUGAAGGAUAUCUACCCAGCCGCCGGUGUCGAGUUUGCGAAUCUCGAAGCCGCAAUUAAGAUGCAGACAGGUAACCACAACUCCAAUACCUUUUUCCAAAUCAUGCAAUACAACUUCGACACUACGGCCCCAUCGUUCGCCGACGCUAGGAAACCGAGUAGUGCGGACUCUAUCGCCACCACCCACUCCCUCCGCCAUUUGGAAGAUAAAAGCAUCCGCGAUGCUGAAAGCCCGACCUCCCGUGCACGAGCUGCAUCUAUCAAUAUCAACGCCAAUGCCAACUCCAACUCCAACGGCCGAACUCACAGCCAACAACACAACCUAAACACCACCUCCCCACCACAAAACACAACCUCCCAGAACCAAAACACAUGCCGCCCCUUCCCCAACGACUUCGACGACCACUUCGCCAUCUCCAACACCCCCAUCUCCCCCUCCACCGAAAACCCAUUCACCUAUCUCUCCUUCGACUUCGACUCCUUCCCCGACCUCUCCCCCGCACCCACAACCACAAACACUCACGCCAACACAACAAAAGACAUCAACCUCUCCCCAACAACAGACCUGGACAGCAUCGACUGGACCCAAGCUCUAUUCCGAAACCCAGACCUGGACAAACACACCGACAUUUUCAGCAGCGAUAGCCCGCGCCGGACGCAGAGCCUAGCGCAGCAGGUUCGUGAGCCGGAGCAGGAUCAGGAUCUUUUCGCGUUUACGUUGAAAGAUGAUGAUGAGAUUGGUGGUGGCGGUGGGGAUUCGGGGGCUCAGUUUAGGCAUCAUUCUACGGGCCAUAGGCAUGGGGACAUUACGGGGGAUUUGGAUAGGGAUCUUGGGUUGGAUGAGGGGUUUUAGGGGUGUGUAAUCUUUCUGAGUAGUGAUUUUUGAUUCUUGUGAUUCUGAUUUUAAUUUCGUGUAUCUACUUUGGAUAUGAUUCACACAACACAGGAUGUGUAUAUAAUUUGGGACUAUGGCAUGGAUAUGGAUGGGCACAGGCUAUGGAUUCGAAGCAUUAGCAUAUCCAAAUUUGAAUGAUUUUUCA